AUGCAGGGGAAUAAGAAACACGCUGCAGACGGGCAGAGUGACGCCUCGAGCAUCGGGAGCCUGCUGGACGACACCGACAGAGAGGUGUGCAGCCUCACCGACCGAGCGUUCAAAAGCCUGUGCGUGGCUGAGCUUCAAGCACCUUACACAGAUGUAGAUGCUGUUGUGGGGCCACCCAACAUCUCCCAUCAGUUCUCUAGCAAAUUCUUUCACGGCCCCUGGGAUUAUGCCCUCAGGAGAAACACCAACUUCCACAAGCAACUCUCGAAAAAGGAUCACGCAACAUUCCUACUUUCCAAGGUUUCUACCAACUCCAAAACUCACGAAGAUAAGAAGUAUUAUCUAGUCAACCCAAGCAUAAGAAGGAAACUGGAUCUGCCGCCACUGUCUGAUCUGCACAACUGUACCCAUAUCUCAAAAGUGUCUUCUUUGAUCAAGACCUUCGAUAAGGUUGACAAUCAGGUCUCCCUUCUGCUAACCAGGCAGCCAGUCAACCAUAGUUUGGCAGAAGGUCCAUUGAUAUGUGGGGACGAUGUGGCUUUCUGGAGUGGCAGAAGAGUUGUAAACAUCCCAAAGGGGAUCCCUGAACUUCCCGACCCAAACCAAGGAAAUCCAAGCGACAAGCGCAAAGGAUUUAGCGAAAUAGAUCUGGUCUAUCGAAGCCCGCCUGCCUCCCAUCCUUCCCAAGCAAACGUUUCGAAUACACCCAAGUUCAGCAUCUCUAACAAGACGGUGAAAUCCAGAAGUGAAAAGGCGAAAGAAGCAGCCAGAAAAAGCAGCUUUCUCCACAGUGAAAACAGCGCUUUUGAGUCAUGGAAGGCACACCACAAAAAAAUAACUGGAAUGGGAGAGGCGAUGCCCGCAGAGGGCAGCCUCGGUUGCUUUGAGGAAGCGCCUUUCUUCACGAGGCCUCGCGUUUCUGAGCCGAAGCCAAUAGGUGCCUUCAUGCUAGAAGGAAACUUCUCUGGCGGCUCUUCGCCACAGUCUCUCUCCAAAGCCUCCCUUUCUUCGGUGCCUCCGGCAGACGGGUAUUUCCCUUCUCCGGCCAAUGCAACAUGCACCGUUGCCCCACAGCUCUCAGCCCAGGGACUUGCACCUGUGUACGAGGGUCCUUCUCCAACCUCCCCAACGUCUACCACGCUUUUCCCACCAAGAAUGUCCCUCUCCAUCCCAGUGUCCAAGGCGCCACUCCCCCCAUCGCCUUUCCCUCAACUCUCUCCCCCUCCAGAAGCCGCAUUCCACCCCACUGAUACGCAGGGAAUGCUGAUGCCCCACAUGACUGGACUAGCAGAGAAACCCACCAAGCCAGAAUUUGCACUUAGGGCAGGAAAUGGCGGCCCUCCACCCUGGAGGAAACAAAAAGCUACUCUUGGUAGAAUGAAAGCGGCAGAAGCGUUAGACCUGAAAGAUUCCCCGUACGGAAAGCCCCCUGAGGUCGGCCCUUUGGUCGGAAGAGCUGCGCCCGAGUCACGGGUGACCUUGCCCGAUCCUCCCUUCGGCAUCUCGGCCCUCCUGACUCCGGUCCCACCCCUCGAGCCUCAGAAUGAAGGACCACCAGGAAACCGGCUUCUAGUGGUGACUCCAUUCAUGUUGGAAGCCGGAGCAGCCAAGGAGACCGAGGAGAAGGCCUUCUAUUCUCAGAACGAUUACAAGUCUAAAGCGCCACGUUUGCUAUUUAACUUGAAGGACAUCCGAAAACGCGUGAAAAGCACCUACAGCCCCUCUCCUCUCCUGAGAGCCCUGGAGGACAAGGGCAAGAGGGAGGGCCACCUGAAAGCAGCUGCUAUGGCAACCGACGUAUUGGGUGACGACAGUGAAAAAACGCUUGGUGGCACUGAUAAAGUUAAUAUAUUUGACCAGAUGGACUACAUCCAGGAAAAGGACAGUUUCACCAGUCUAAAUGAGAAUUUUAUCAGCGAUGAUGUACUCUUGAGCUUAUCUAAGUCAAGGGCAGGUGUUUUAAAGUACCAAAAUAAGAAUCAUUUGCAGCAAAGCGAUUCCGUGCACACGGAGGAGGCUGAGAUGAUUUCUGUGCAGGAACAGAGUGAAGCUCAACCUGCUCCUUCACCCAAACCUCACCUGGCAGGUGUAGCAGCCGCACGGCCAGAGGUCGUGCAGGAACACAAAUAUAAAAAAGUCACUUUGGGUCAAGAUGCCGAUGGAGCUUCUGGAAAUCUCUUUUAUCCGGCUGAAGGAAAGGCAGGUAACCAGGGACCUCAGGCCUGCUCCUCAGCUGGGAACGACCCCCAGGGCAGAAGAAGCCCCCAUGAUUCUUCUGAGCAAUCUUUUGUUACCACGGCAGACCAACCGCUUCCCGAGACAGCCUGUUCUCUCAUGCAGCUUUUCCAGAAAGCCUGUCUCCAGGAGAGCCAGCGAAGGAGGAACGACGCGGAUGGAAGAGAAGAGAAGAGCGACAGAGAGGGAGAGAAGAAAGCCAAGAAAGAGGAUUUGCACGGCCACCUUCUGAGCAACUGUGACUCUGCUAUGGAUGAAGCCCACAAGGAGAAGAAGGGAAAGGAGGAGGUCCUGCAGGAGGCUGCAUUGGAGGAGAAGGAAGAAGACGGCUGGAAGAACACAGACCGCGAAGCUGAGAGCAGGCCGGGAGAGCCCCUCACCCCAACCUUAUCAAGCGUCCUGAAGCCCACUUUGUUCAUGAUUAAAGACAACACGUUUAAGUCUCCCCCUGUGACUAAAGCCAUCAAGCUGCCUCUGCUCCGGUCUUUGUCCUGUGAAGAAGCCCCUCCGGCCCCCCAAGAGAAUCCCAGGGAUGCCCAGGAGGACGGGUGGGGGUCUCCCCAAGGGAACGGGGGCUCUCAAGGGGCUGACAAAAGUAGUCCAGCAACCAAGGGCAGCUUCAGCGAAGGGUUAGACCCUUUUCCUUCUGUGGGGGCAGAUUCCGAAGAAACUGGUUGCGUAUCAGUCUCACCAGAGAAGGAGUUAAAAGGCCCUGAGAAAUUAGCUACUUCCAAAGAGAAGAUCAGGAUUAGAAAAGGGAGGUCCAGUUCUGCCAUUCAGCCACAUCUAGGCUUCGAAAGGGAGGAGAGGCCCCCUGUAAGAGAAAGGGUACAUUGUGUGAAGAACCGUGCCUUAACUAGACCAAGAGGGGGUCCUUGCAUUAAAAAAAUAAUAAGCCAAGCGGGAAAGUCCCCCAUAGCAGCAGAAAAUCUUGCUUGUUCUCCCGUUUCCAGUGACGCCUUCGGUUACGCAUCGUCUCCAUUGAGUAAUUCAGCAGGUUCUUCCCUACAGAGUCCCAGGUCAGCUUCCGUGGGUCCAUUGUCAGAUACGACUGCAAACAUAUCACAGAGUGAGAAAGCAGCAGAUCACCCACCACACAGAGCGACAGGAAGCCCAGAUCAGCCUUCCGCGACACCCACGCUUGAUCCAGAGCGAAGGGGUCAGCUCCCUGGAGAUGCUGACGGCCCUUUGGGGACGGAUGAAAGACUCCAGCUGGUGAGUCAAAUGGGAAGGACAACAGCCAAACCCCCAACGGUGCCACCCAAGACAGAGAAGGCGUUACGGCGGGCAAAGAAGCUGGCAAGUAGGAGGAAAAAGAUGGAAGCUCAACAGAAAAAGCUUCAGGAUGAAACUCUGGCCCAGAAUGAAGAUGCUUCAUCCCUGACACCCGUCCAACCUAUGCGGCCUCUUGUCUGCCCCGAUUCUCCCUUGACUGCCCCAAAAUGCGAUCCGAUAAAGCACCAACCGCUGCUCUCCGUAAGUCCCACCCCCUCUUUGCCUGCCACUCAGCGGAAGCUGCUCCAGGACCCGGAUUCAGGGGAGUUCUUCAUUGUAGAUUUACCGCUUCGGUUAAAGACAUUCUAUGACCCAGAAAGUGGUAGUUAUAUCCAAGUGCCAGCUCCUUCCUGCAAGAGGAACGUGUCUCAAACACCCUCUCCAGAAAUGUCCUUUCCUCCUUGUGCCUGGGGUCCCAGCACUCUCCCACCCAGGGUAGCCUCUGUUCCGGCCCUCCCGUCCUCAGCUCAGCUUUCUGAAAUGUUCACAAAGGCCUCGGGGUCGGUUUCAGACGAGCAGCCGGGGGGGGCCUCCUCUCCGGGGCCUUUAGAUGGCUCUCCCUGCCCAGAUCCACCUCUGCUUGAUAUCGGUGGCCAAAAUGUCGAUGGAUCCCCCUCAAACUUUGAAAAGGAUAUGAGCCCCUCUGCUGCUACGGAGAACGUCUCCAUGGGUUCGGCUGAAGAGUUUGUGGCCGAAGGCGUAUUGUGAGAAUCUUUGGUCUUUGCUAUAAUUUUAGAAGAAUGACUAAGCGUACCUGAAAGCACAAAUGGUGAGGAUUUCUA